AUCAUUCCAACUUCCGGGCCCUUUCAACACGCGCUUGUUCCUGCCCGGUGUAUAGAGCACCAUGAGACCCAUCUUGCUUCAAGGACAUGAGCGAUCCAUCACUCAGAUAAAGUACAACCGUGAUGGGGAUUUACUCUUCACAGUCGCCAAAGAUCCAGUGGUGAACGCUUUUUACUCUGUGAAUGGGGAACGCCUGGGCACGUAUAAUGGACACACAGGAGCGGUGUGGUGUGUGGACGUAGAUUGGGACACACGUCAUGUACUGUCCGGAUCUGCAGAUAAUUCAUGCAGACUGUGGGAUUGUGAGACAGGGAAACAACUGGCUUUGCUGGAGACUAACUCAGCUGUCAGGACCUGUGGCUUUGACUUUGGGGGCAACAUUAUCAUGUUCUCCACAGACAAGCAGAUGGGUUAUCAGUGUUUUGUGAGCUUCAUUGAUCUGAGGGACCCCUCUCAAAUUGAAGAUAAUGAGCCAUACAUGAAGAUUCCUUGCAAUGAGUCUAAAAUAACCAGUGCUAUCUGGGGACCACUGGGGGAGACCAUUAUUGCUGGACAUGAAAAUGGGGAACUGAACCAGUACAGUGCCAAGUCUGGUGAGAUUGUCAACAGUAUCAAAGAGCACACAAAGCAGAUUAAUGACAUUCAGUCUUCCAGGGACACAACAAUGUUCAUCACUGCAUCCAAAGACUGCACCGCUAAGUUGUUUGACUGCACAUCGCUGGAACAUCAGAAGACAUUCCGUACUGAAAGACCAGUCAACUCUGCAGCCCUGUCGCCUAUCUACGAUCAUGUUGUUUUGGGGGGAGGACAAGAAGCCAUGGAUGUGACAACAACAUCAACUAGGAUUGGAAAAUUUGAAGCUAGGUUCUUCCAUGUGGCUGUUGAAGAGGAAUUUGGUAGAGUAAAGGGUCACUUCGGACCUAUUAACAGCUUGGCCUUCCACCCAGAUGGCAAAAGUUACAGCAGCGGAGGAGAAGAUGGAUAUGUCAGAAUACAUUACUUUGACCAGCAAUACUUUGAUUUUGACUUUGAAUGUUGAGUGGACUCCUGUGCUUGGGGGUAUUAAUUUACAUACUGAAUCAAGGUCACAAACUAGAUGCACAAAGUCUACAGCUCCAAAUUGGAAUAAAAAUAAAAAAUAAAACAUGGCUAUUUAUUAAAGUCGAUAACAUCAAUC